AUGCCCAAAUUAAUCUCAUCUUUAUCAUCAAUUUCACCAGAUGAGAAAGCAUUUCAAAAUUUGGUCGUUUGGCUAGAAGACACGAUUAUAAGGCAUUGCAAAGUCAAUGAAAGAGACGAAUUGCGAGCUAUCGAUAGCCAAACUUGGCCUGAUCAUUUUACAAAAUACCUAAAAUUACUGAAAUGCCCAGUCAAAUCCAAUCAAAGGAAAGAAAUUACUGAAUGGCUGUUAGGAUAUGCAUGUCGCUUAAAAUUUCAAGACAAUCUGCAAUUAUAUCAGAGUGAACCCAACAUUACUCUGCAUAAAAUACAAAAGUUGGAAAUCGAUGAGUUGUUGGCUAUAUCGGAUGAUGAUCCUCAAUUGAGAUCCGGAAUUAGACAACUAGCUGAACUACUUGAAAUGCCACCAUACCAAGAUCAAGAUCAACAUUUACUAAUGCUAGAGGGUAUUCGUAAUCUUAUCGAAAGUAAACUGUCUUCAAAUAGUCUUAAUAGCAACCAAUCAGCCCAAGAAGAGGAACUCUACCGCUCACUCGCUAGUACUCCUAGCUGUGUACCUAGUGUGAAAGAUCCAGUUGUUGAGCAGGCCGCAAAAAUCAUACAAAUUCUACAUAUAGCUGAACUGCGCGAACUACAGAAUGGUAUUAAUGCUGCUAUUGUCGCUGUGCAACGUUUAACUGCCAAUCCGAAGACAGAUCGUUCACUUGGUAAAGUUGGAAGAUAA